GACGUCACGUGAAACCACGUGACACCGCCCACACCCGGAGUCGCUGCUCAGAGUCCGGACGUCGCCGCCCGUGACGAGAAGCGGAGACGGUGGCGAGGCGAGGAACCCUACAGACGGCAUCUGUGUACCCGCACGGCCCCACUCCUCGACCCCCCCCCCUGCCCGGUUGAAUACCCCCCUUCAGGCGCUUCCAUCGGCGUCUGUGGCUGUCUGACGCUGCGGCCUUGCUGGGCGGCUCUCCAUUCCCCAGCUAUGUCAUUCGGAUUUCCAGGCAGCGAUGGGGGUUACACCUCGUACCGUCAGGCCACCAAUGGCGACCUGGAUUUCAGCGGACUCGCCCAGAUCAUCAGCACCAACAUCCAGAAGAUCUCGCAGAACACUGCUCAGAUCCAGAAGCUGGUCAGUCAGCUGGGGACAGCACAAGAUACCACGCAGCUGUUAGAGCGUCUGCAACAGCUGCAACAAAGCACAAACCAACUUGCUAAAGAAACCAAUAAAUACUUAAAGGACCUGGGCUCAUUGCCUACACCAUCGAGCCAGUCUGAGCAGCGGCACAGGAAGAUCCAGCGGGAUCGUUUGAUGAACGAGUUCUCAACGGCGCUAAACAACUUCCAGACAACUCAGCGACGCGCUGCUGAGCGGGAGCGCGAGAGCGUGGCGCGUGCCCGUGCCAACUCACGGCAGUCCCAGGGGGGAAACUAUUUGGACGAAACUGCAACACGGGAUGGACACCUGGUGAAUGUCGGGGAAGGGUUUGAGGAUCGCACGCUGCAGUCACAGGCGCAGGAUGAGGGUAUCACAGAGGAGGACCUGGAGGAGAUCAAAGAGAGGGAGGUGGCCAUCCAAAUGCUUGAGGCUGACAUCAUGGACAUCAACCAGAUCUUCAAGGACCUGGGAACCAUGAUCCAUGAGCAGGGGGACAUGAUUGACAGCAUCGAGGCGAACGUGGAGACUGCGGAGGUGCAUGUGGAGCAGGCGAAUCAGCAAUUGCGCAGAGCAGCACAGUACCAGACCGCAUCGCGUAAGAAGAUCUGCAUCAUUAUUGUCGUGCUGGCGGUUGUUGUGGCCAUCGUGGGCAUCAUCAUAUGGCAGACAACCAAGUAGCCGUUGGGAUCGUGAACACUCGGCCUGGGCGAUAUAGAAGGAGAGGGUGGGGAGGUGAAGAUUAUUUCUCUGACAAUACGAUGACGUUGGUGUGCAUAAAUAGGGCUAGGCUUUUUUUCUCAGGGGGUAGAGGCAAAGUGAUUGGGUUAAAAUGAAAUUUACAAUCUAAAAUAAAUGAAUAUCUUUUGUAGAUUAUGGUGUGUCCCAGGCAGUCUAUCGUGAAUUUAAAGCUACAUUAUUGAGAAAAUACACAACCCUUUCCCAUUCCAAUCAUACGUGUACGUCAUCAGAAAGGAAUGAAUUUCGAAUGGAAUCGGAAGUGAAAGGCCACACAGGAGGGCAUGUGGCACAGUUUGGCGCCAACUAUCAUUGAGUGCGGUCCUGUCGCUACAGUUCUCUGCGACGAGUACGGUACAAUGUCUUUAAAAACAGCAGCGCUAUGCCUCUAAAUCAAAUUUACUCUAACCGCUUACAAAUUCCGAGAUUCGGCGGUGAACGAGACCCACCCUGCAACUUGCAGACAUCUCGGAAUGGGAAAGGGUUCAAAUGUGCACUCUAGUAACAUCACUCCCAUAAAAUUAUUUACAACACCAAUGUGCCAUUGUCACUAGAUCUAUAAUGGCAUGCUUGACGAUGACGACUUAAAAUCGUUUUGUGUAUGAAUAACACUUCACAAUUGCGUUGGUUGACCUGGGACACACCGCUUUGGUUGCGUCUAACAUUUAAUCUUAGCUACGCAAGUGCGAUGGUGAGUGUUUGCCAGCUCCAUGUGGGGAUGGGGGAGGAUGAAAUGGGAACACGGGCUUGCCCCCAAUCCACUGGCAUUACGGCAAUCCACUAGCAUAACAUCUGCUUGUGUCAUCUACCUAGCACUUAACAAUUACUCAACUCCAAUGGCUGGCCAUAUGAAUGAACCUGUACUGGAACUCCUAUUCCUAUGCUGAGCACAAACCCUGCACCUUGACCACAACACUGCACCUAACCUUUCGCUGUGCCCCAAUUGUGCACUUAGCCCAAACGCUAACCCUAAUAACCUCAAUGCCCAAGCUAACCAUGUGUCUAACCUGAACCCCUAUACCUGCACAUCACCUUUGGGACCUUGAGCCCUUAUGAGAGUAGCUCGUGGAGUCUUGAGACGGAGCAUCUGUAUUGCUGUGGAGGUCGAUUUUAAGUUGGCUUCCGUGGGUGUUAAUAGCACAUGUUGUUUAAAGGAGUCUGGCACAUGAUGGUGUUAGGUAAGCCUUUGUGUGAUUACAUAUAGAAAAUAGCCAAAUGGCAAAAAGAAUAAAGUAAAUAGAUUAAUCUUAACCAUACUCUUAGUGAUUAUCAUAUUGCAAUGUAUGUAGCCUGUAGAGAAUGGUGUAAUUUAGUCUUAACACAGCCUUGUAACAUUUGCCAAAGCAGGAAUUCUGUUUAACAUUGUUAACAGUUUGCACAUGCUUUGUUGCCAUGUGUUUUAACUUGACCACUCUGUCCUUUGCUGUAAAUGCCUCUUGCGCACCCACUCCAGUUACCAUCCAGUUUAUAAUUUGCUACGGUUGCAUAAGUGAAUACAGUGUCCAUGCACCAGUGCGUUUUCCAAAACCCACAUUCAAUCACAUUCUCUUCAUGAACUUCAGUGGCUUUGCUGCUCUGCUCAUUGGCUUGUUUACAUAGAAGCGCACCUGUUUGGCAAACCAUAUAGACAAAAACAUAAAUGUUUAAUAAAAGCCUUUUUGUUCCAUAUUGAAUAUUUUAUAUAAAACGCUCCGUAUACAUGCUGGUGGACACAGAUGAAAGUUGUGCACGUGUUUACACACGUUUGUGUAAACACGUAUACAACCAAGCCAGGCAUGAUAUUGGCUACGGGCGGAACUCCUGCAUCAGGCUGCCUCGGGCAGCACGGCGGCAUGCCAGGCCCCUCUGUAGUUUGCCUUGAUAUUGCACUGAGUGUUACACUGUCCUUAACUUAAUUUCAGCAAAAUCGCAACCACUCUUACGUCUCGUGUCCAUGUUUGUAAGCAGGUCUGAUUGCACACGGAGUUGUCAUGAUGGUCCAUGAGAGCGUGCCGUGUAUACCACAUCGCAGGUGUGAAGACCAGUGCACAGUAUGCUGUUGACUCCCCAUUCGUACCUGCGAGGAGGCCGUUUGACGACGCACGCAAUUUUGUCAGCAGAGUUGAGCGGUUUCCAAAAAGUCCCUGUCAAUUACGCAGGAUCACCGUCUUACUCCUGUGGCAGUUGUCCUUUUAGGCAGUGUCAGUGGCUGCCCUCUUGUCUGAUUUUUGUCAGUCUCAAAAUUAGAGGCUUUUGUGCUAGCUUGGUAAAAAAGAUUUUGAGAAAAAGUGAUAGUGACAGUGCUUCACGGAGUUUGGUCAUUUUUUUGAGAAGUUUAACCAAACACUAGAACAUGUUCAGAGUUUUGCAAAUCGUGAUCGCAUGUGACUGCACAUGAGGACGGUUUUCAGGACAAUUUUAAUUCUGCCCUGCCAAAACGGUUAAAACUUGAAUUUCGGCUGCCAUAGUUUAUUUAUUAUCAAAGCCAAUUUCCAUGAUGGUUUUAAGCAGUUUUGACUUGUGCUCGUGUGUGUGUGCAGCCAGCGUACGAGCCAACAAGUACGAUGGACACAACGCCGUGUUAAGCACGAUAAAUAUUGGAGGGCACUUGGCGUGAAUCCUUGACUUUCCCUUAGGGGCGCACCCUGUCCAUUCAUAUAUGAAUACUUGUUUAGGAGUAGCGCACUGUGUGUGUUUAUAAAAUAAGAAAUAAAUUGCAUUCCACGCUGAUCAAGGUUGUAAUUCAAAGUGUAAUAAAUGUUGUGGUCCAGAUCAUGUCA